UCUUUUUUGCCUGAGUAUUUCUAUCAAGUGAAUUCCUGGAGGUAUAAUUUGUAGAAAUGUUUUGAAAGAUGAAUGAGAGAAAAGGGAAAUGUGUGACCCACAAAAGUGGCCCCCCAGUGGUGGGAUCAAAUGUGGGUGCUCUGGGGAGGCCUAAGGACUCUGUCUCCUGCAGGUGUCAGGAUGUUGAGCUGGGUCCAGAGGGUGCUGCCUCAGCCCCCAGGGACCCCUCAGAAGACCAAGAUGGAGGAGGAGGAGGAGGGGGCAGAACCAGAGCCAGAGGUGGUACCAGAACCAGAGCCGGAGACUGAAACCGCCCCCAAGGAGGCUGAGCGAGGCGACGAAUCCCUGCUACCUGAAGAGCCGUUGGAGGGGAAGGAAUUGGCUGCAGCUGACCCAGACCCUCAGGAAAUCGGGGAGGCUGUCCCUACUCUGCCUACAUCCCUCCAGGCCCAGGUCACCGUGGUUCCCGAAGUGAACAGCAGUUCCAGCGGGUGGGUGCUGAGCUGGCUCAAGAAGGGCAUGGAGAAGGUCAUCCCACAGCCCGUCCCCAGCAGCGGGCCAGCCCAGAGCACUGCUGCCGGCUCGGAGGCCCCUGCUCAGGCAGGAGCACAGACGUCUGGGCAGUGCAGCGCUGGGGGCUCAGGUGGACUCGGGGAGGCCCCUGGGGCCCAGGACACCAGGUCUGGGCCCUGGCUGCUCAGGUGGCUUGAGCAGAAUCUGGAGAAAGUGCUGCCUCAGCCCCCAGAAACCUCCAAGGACUGGAGAGAUGAGCCUACAGAUGCUGCCUUGGGCCCAGAGCCCCCAGAACCCACCUUGGAAACGGAGACUGUGCUGCAGGCCCCGGAGAGCCCCUGCCUCCCCACGACUGGCCCCCCGGAAGCCAAGGAGGAGCUGACCUCAGAACCCCAUCCCAGCUCCCAGGCUUCCUCCCUGCUGCCCCCCGGCGACCCCGCCAGGUUGAUGGCUUGGCUCCUGCACAGGCUGGAGAUGGCCUUGCCGCAGCCCGUGCUCCACGGGAAGGCUGGGGAGCAGGAGCCUGACUCCCCUGGAACAUGUGACGUGCAGACGAUCUGCAUCCUCCCCGGAGGCCAAGAGGAGCCUGAUCUCAUCCUAGAAGAGGUUGACCCUCACUGGGAGGAGGACGAGCAUCAGGACGGUGGCAUCAGCCCGCAGGGCCCAGAGGCAGCUCCAGCUUAUGAAGAGGAGAACGAGGCUGUGGAGAUGCCCAGGGAACUGCCCCGGAUUCAAGAGGAGAGAGAAGCUGAGGAGGAGGAUGGAGAGGAGGAGGAGGAAGAAGAGGAGGAGCCAAAUGUCCUGCUGGAUAGCUGUCUGGUGGCGCAGGCUGGCGAGGACCUGAGCGAAGUAGGCAGGAGCCAGCCGCAGAGGGCCUCGCCCCAGUCCCCAGGAUCCCACAUCUGCCUGACCCCCACUGGCCCCAGCGGCAUGGCUCAAGCAGGCCAGGACAUGGAGCUGAAUCGCCUGGUCCAGGACCAGCCACCUGGCCAGGUGACCCCAGGGCUUGCUCCCCCAACUCUGGCGGAGCACCUCCCCAAUGUGCCCAGCUACCGCCCCUCAAUCACCCGCAUCCCUGUCCUCAUCUCCCGGAGGACGGCCUUGUCCAACUCCAGCUUCGCCAAGGAGACCAGAAGUUCCAUCCGUCGCCUAGUGCCUGCUACAAAAGAGCAUCCGGAAGUGCAGGUGGAAGAUGCUGAUGUGGACAGCCACCCCCCCAUCGUGGAGAAUCCACCCUCACCCGAGCUGCCACCACCUUCUCCUGCCAAAUCCGACACCUUUGCGGUCCUGGGAUCUGCCGCAGAGACUGAAAGGAAGAGGCUGCCCUCCCAAGAUGAUGAGGCUGAAGAGCUCAAGGCACUGUCACCGACUGAGUCCCCCAUGGUCCCCUGGUUGGACCCGGCCAGCCCACAGGGCGCUGAUGGCCAAAACCGUGCAGUGUCCGUGGCCAGCCAGAACAGCACCAUCAUCAACAACCGGCUCCAGGAGCUGGUGAAGCUUUUCAAGGAACGGACAGAGAAGGUGAAGGAGAAGCUCAUCGACCCUGACGUCACCUCCGAUGAGGAGAGCCCUAAGCCCUCCCCGGCCAAGAAAGCCCCAGAGCCGGCCCCGGCAGUGAAGCCGGCCACGCCGGGCCAGGCGGAGGAAGAGCACUAUUGCGACAUGCUCUGCUGCAAGUUCAAGCGCCGCCCGUGGAAGACGUACCGGUUUCCCCAGAGCAUCGACCCGCUGACCAACCUGAUGUACAUCCUGUGGCUGUUCUUCGUGGUGCUGGCCUGGAACUGGAACUGCUGGCUGAUUCCUGUGCGCUGGGCCUUCCCCUACCAGACGCCAGACAACAUCCUCCUCUGGCUGCUGAUGGACUAUCUGUGUGACCUCAUCUACCUCCUGGACAUCACCGUGUUCCAGCCUCGCCUGCAGUUUGUCAGAGGGGGAGACAUUGUUAUGGACAAGAAGGAGAUGCGCGAUAACUACCUGAAAUCUCAGCGCUUUAAGAUGGACAUGCUCUGCCUCCUGCCCUUGGACUUGCUCUACCUGAAGUUCGGUGUGAAUCCCCUCUUGCGCUUGCCCCGCUGUUUGAAGACAUGUGGCAGUUACAUUCGCUGUUACUACUGGGCUGUGAAGACCCUCAUCACCAUUGGUGGGCUGCCUGACCCCAGAACGGUCUUUGAAAUCAUCUUCCAGGGGCUGAACUAUUUCACGGGUGUCUUCGCGUUCUCUGUGAUGAUCGGACAGAUGAGAGACGUGGUGGGGGCCGCCACAGCUGGGCAGACCUACUACCGCAGCUGCAUGGACAGCACCGUGAAGUACAUGAACUUCUACAAGAUCCCCAGGUCCGUGCAGAACCGGGUCAAGACCUGGUACGAGUACACCUGGCAGUCCCAAGGCAUGCUGGACGAGUCAGAGUUGAUGGUGCAGCUUCCAGACAAGAUGCGUUUGGACCUCGCCAUCGACGUGAACUAUAACAUCGUCAGCAAAGUGGCUCUCUUCCAGGGCUGUGACCGACAGUUGAUCUUUGACAUGCUGAAGAGGCUCCGUUCUGUCGUCUACCUGCCCAACGACUACGUGUGCAAGAAGGGGGAGAUAGGCCGAGAGAUGUACAUCAUCCAGGCGGGACAGGUGCAGGUCUUGGGUGGCCCCGACGGGAAGGCUGUGCUGGUGACGCUGAAGCCUGGAUCUGUGUUUGGAGAAAUAAGCUUGCUGGCUGUUGGGGGCGGGAAUCGGCGCACGGCCAAUGUGGUCGCCCACGGGUUUACCAACCUCUUCAUUCUGGACAAGAAGGACCUCAGUGAAAUUUUGGUGCAUUAUCCCGAGUCUCAGAAGUUACUCCGGAAGAAGGCCAGGCAAAUGCUGAGAAAUAACAACAAGCCCAGGGAGCCGAAGAGCGUGCUCAUCCUGCCUCCCCGGACAGGCACGCCCAAGCUCUUCAAUGCCGCCCUGGCCGUAGCAGGAAAGGUGGGCGGCAAGGGGACCAAAGCCGGCAAGCUUGCCCACCUGAGGGCCCGGGUCAAGGAGCUCGCUGUGCUGGAGGCAGCUGCGAGGGAGCAACAAUUGCUGGAACAGGCCAAGAGCUCGCAAGACGCUGCGGGAGAGGCGGGCCCGGCCGCCCCGGAGCAGCCCCCAUCGCCUGAGCCCCCGGCCCCGCGCUCUCCGCCACCUGCCUCCCCUGGGAAGCCCGAGGAAGGCGGGGAGGGGGAGGCCAGGCCCGAGGAGCCCUCGAUGCGGAUCUGCAUGAGCCCGGGCCUGGAUCCCGGUGAGCAGAUCCUGUCGGUGGAGAUCCCGAAGGAGAAGAAGGAGGCCGAGUGA